GAGAGAGAGAAGGGGGUAGUAAAGGUUUGUUCCCCUGCAGGGCACUUGUGGACGGGGGUGUUGUUGUGCCUGUGUGCAGCUCAGAUGGUGUGUUUUCUCAGUGCUAAAGGAAAUUGCAUCAGUAUGCAUUAUCCAGCAGGGAGAGGCCAGAGGAGCCACGCUGGGAGGAGGGCCGAAACCAAGCGCUGCUCUCUCUCUCUCAAACCUCCCACUAGAGCAGAGACACACCGGCUGACCCAGUCAUGGGCACAGAGGACCCCAAACAGACUUAUACUGGAUUAAUCAACUUAACCUAUUUAUUUAUUUGCAUAUUUAUGGUGUAUCUAGUUUCUUGAGCCCUGAAUGCGGACGUGGAGCACAAUGCACUCCAGAGUGAAGUCGCGGAGCUGUGAUAAUUACCUGAGUAUAAAGGACUCGGAGUCGUUGGACCGCUGCAUUCAGAGCGUGUUAUCGGCUCUGUAUCCUCCCUUCAGCGCGUCGGCUGCCACCGUCCUGUGGCAGCUCUUCAGUGUCGUGGAGAGACAGUACCGCGGAGACGGCCUGCGCUGCUUCAUUGACUUCCUGCUGCCCGCCAAGAGAAUCCUGCAGAUAAUAAAACAGGAGGCCUGUCUGCGAUUCAAAGGCCUGUUGCUGUACCAUGAGGGAUGGCCACUGUGUUUGAAUGAGAAAGUGGUUCUGCAACUUGCACCCCUGCAUAAAGUACGUCUAAGGCAGGGAGAUUUCUACCUGCAAGUGGUUCCCUUGGGCCGCAAGGCUGCCAAAUUGGUCAUAAAAUGCCUGUCAGGGAGCGGGCAAGCCAUUGCAGAGAUCCCUGUGGCCGAGAGCAUGUACGGCAGCGUGUUCACGCCUGACUUCCUGCAGAAUGUAAUGCGUGAGCGCAACCUGCACCCUCUCCAGAACUGCCUCCUCAGUACCGGCGCCGUGGUUUACCGGACGCCCUGGAAGAACGUGGUCAAUCCUUUGUUCGUGAGCAGCACUGCCGACGCAAUCAUGCAGGCACGGAGUGGCGGGGGGACCCUGUUGGGUCAGCUCAGCACCUGCAGCACGCACGGAUCCACAGGAACGCUCAGUUCCCGAGACUCUUUAGGCGCUGAGUCUACCGUGUCGGAGCCAGUCCUAAGCCGGAGCCUCACAGAUAUGGGCAUCAGCUCCCUGCACUCUGAGGAUUCGCCCUUGCAAAAGAGUCCUAACUCCCUUCCCCAGACGCCAACCUUGGGCAGCCCAGAUCAGGGAUGCAUGCGAGGCGGAAUCGGCCACAAAAUACUCUCGUUCAGCACGGACCUUAGCAAUCCCGGCCUUCGCAAGAGGCAUCCCAGAGACUCUGCGGCCUUCGAGUCGCGCAGGAUUUUCCGCAAGUCCUACAUGGAGGCACUGCAAAACCCCAUGAACAUCGGCUCCAGCUCAGAAUCAAUUCUGGAGGAAGGGACGGAGUCUGAGCCAGGAACGCGUCAUGGCUCCGUCACAAAGGAGCCGAUCCCUCGGAGAACCUCUAUUCGUGGACUGGGAGGAGAUGAAUCUCACGAUGUUUCUCCACCUGUCCAUCCAUCCAAGAACACCGAGUUCAGUCCGGGUGAGAGACGCUCCAAAUCUCUUGAACGUACCAACAAGGCCUUGCAGGUUAAAGGCCACCGGGCUCGGUCGUCCUCCGGUGGAUCCGGUAGCGGCCUUCCCAAGAAACUUAUGAAUGGUUAUACAUUCCGUUUUGGAAAAUUGGAUUUGGAGGCAGCCUUUCCUGGCAUUGAGAAACGGAGCAACAAAGACAACUCAGGUCUCUCUGAUGACGGUCUGCACUCGAGCUCCAGGAGGAACAGUAACAGCACUGAUGACAUUGUUCAUCCUAAGCCCCACAGCAGAGCAGCGGUGUCUCCUGGCCCGUCCACAGCGCCCCCUGCUGUCUGUCCUCCAGCGCUGCCUUCACUCAUCAACCAGGAGCUCCUGACCUCCGGUGCUCUGACGCUUCCUGGUAACCAGGACCGCGGUGGCAGAGCGGUGCUGCAGGUGUGCACCAGGAACCAGGUGUGGAUCAAAGCGCGCUUCACCACAGACCAGAUCAGCCAGCUGCUCUGCUUCUACUGCCACAGACUGCGGAGGGAGAGGCGAGAGCUGGGUUUGACGGUUCUCGUUGACGCUCGCAGGCAGUCGGUCGCGUCUGCGCUCUUCUCGGCUCUGUCUGAGUUUCAGACUCUUGUCCCCAAUGCACUUUACUCAGUUUUGAUUCUGAUGGACCGAGAUGCAGCAGUGAAAGUGGAGAGAGACGUCUCAGUUCCUUGUGAAGUCCUGACGUCUCUGAAAGCUCUGCAGAAGCACAUCGACUCGUCACAGCUCACCAGAGACUUUGAGGGCACCUUCCCAUAUGACCACAGCCACUACAUUCAAUUCAGACAGAAAAUCGAACCGUUUGCUGUGAGCUGCAGCGCUGCGAUCGGUUCUCUUCAAAGCUCCAUCAAGACGCUGAACAGCAUCGGCAGUCUGGAGACAUCGGAGGAGGUGUCAGAGGUCAUCAGCCAGCAGAAGAGUCUCAUGAAGAGCGUUCUGGACGACAGCAAACUCAACCGCCUGCGACUGGAGGGUGGCACCUUUCUGGCCCGCAUCAGGAAAGAGGAGAUGUGUGAAAAUGAGAACUACAGGGACGCUGUGGAUUUGGUCAGUGCACUGUAUAACCAGGUGGAUGAAGAGGUCCAUAAACUCGUCAUUCUGUCGAAUAAAUCCCUGCAGCAGCUGAAAACGCUCCUGGAGCUGCGUGUCUUACAGGAGAGACAUCAGGAGGUUAAGAGGUGGUUUUAUGUGGAGAGCGAGAAACAUUUGGCUCCUCUGGACUCCUAUAGUCUCUCUCUGAGCUCCAUUCAGGACAUGAGACAGGGUCUGGCCCAAUUCAUGGAGGAGUCCACCGAACAGCAGAAGAAAGCCGCAGAGUUACUGAGGGAAUCUAAAGCCAGUUCAACGUUUCUGGAGUUCAAAGAGCACAUCAGCACCAUCCUGCAGCGCAGCGAAACACGCAAGAAUGAACUGGACGUCCUGCUCAAACUCUAUGAGUUCUACGAAUCGGCGGACCAGUGGUUGCUCCACUGUCAGGAGUAUUUUUCCCAGCUAAAGCGGGAUGAUAACGCGGUCGGUUUGACACCGGCCGUGCUGCAGGUCCUCCAGGACUAUCACAGCGAGGCCACGAAGUUCUCAUUGGAAAACUUCAGCUCGCUCAACCAGAUGGUGCUGAAGCUCAAGAGCGAGCAGGAGCUGCAUCACUGGAGCAGCGUCUGGCAGCAGUGCCAACAAACCAAACAGCAGCUGGAGGAAAUGCUGGCCGAAGCGCAAACCGCUGACGAGAUGUUACCAAACCCUUCAGAGACCCAGAAUGGACUGGACUCCUCUGAUGUUCCCGCUCGGAGCUCUUCUUCACCGUCGUGUUUUGAGGAUGAAGAUGAGAAGCCACAUUCAGCAGGUCCGUUUUCCAGAAGCCAGUUCCCGUUCCCCUUUCCCCCGGAGAGCGGCAAGCCGUCGUCGUCUGUGUUUGAGGACACCGACAGCGACUGCACCGUCGACUCGUCCAUCUCGUGCCACUCUGAGCCCCUGAUGCGCCUCCGCAAACACCCACUCAAGAAGAUCAUGAAGAAGACCCUGAGCUAUGAGCUGCCGGCGCGGGACAAAGCUCAUGGCUACACCGGCGUCUACAUCCGAGGACUACAGGUCACCAAUAACGUUUGCGUGGAGACGAAGCUACAACGGCCAGCCGUCAUGAGCCCAGCGCUGGGCCGCAGCCGCAGCAUGUCGACCCCGUCACGCGUUCAGUCCAGACUCAGCGACGGAGACGUCAAGAGACACAGCGGCAUCGCUGCUGUCGUCUGUUCCAGUAAAAUCCAGCACAUCAUGGACGAGAUGAUCUCCACUGAGAGAGAAUACGUCAGAUCCCUCAGAUACAUCAUCCAGCACUACUUCCCAGAGAUGGAGCGACUGGACCUUCCUCAGGACCUCCGAGGGAAGCGCAGCAUCAUUUUUGGGAAUCUGGAGAAGUUGUGUGAUUUUCACAGCCAGUAUUUCCUGACGGAUCUGGAGAGCUGCGCUCAUUCACCGCUGUCUAUCAGCAGCUGCUUCCUCAAACACGAGGAACAGUUCGGGAUGUACGCCCUGUACAGCAAAAACAAGCCAUGCUCAGACGCCCUGCUAACGAGUCACGGAAACAGUUUUUUCAAGAACAAGCAGGUGGAGCUGGGAGAUAAGAUGGACCUGGCGUCAUACCUGCUGAAGCCCAUCCAGAGGAUGAGUAAAUACGCUCUGCUCCUGAAGGAUCUGAUCAAGGAGUGCGGUCAGUCUGAAGAGCAGGAGCUCACUGACCUCAGAACAGCCGAGGAGAUGGUCAAGUUCCAGCUGCGCCAUGGAAACGACCUGCUGGCCAUGGAUGCCAUCCGGGGAUGUGAUGUCAAUCUGAAGGAGCAGGGUCAGCUUCGCUGUCAGGAAGAGUUCAUCGUUUGGUGCGGACGCAAAAAAUACCUGCGCCACGUUUUCCUAUUCGAGGAUCUCAUCCUCUUCAGCAAGACCAAGAAGAUUGAAGGAGGAUACGACAUCUACAUCUACAAACAGUCCUUCAAGACGGCUGAGAUCGGGAUGACGGAGAGCGUGGGAGACAGCGGCCUGCGCUUCGAGAUCUGGUUUCGCCGGAGGAAGUCACAGGACACCUUCAUCCUGCAGGCCUCUUCUGGAGAAGUGAAGAACGUCUGGACCUCCGUCAUCGGCAAGAUCCUCUGGAGACAAGCUUUACGAAACCGAGAGUUGCGGAUGCAGGAGAUGGUCUCGAUGGGAAUUGGAAACAAGCCGUUCAUGGACAUCAAACCCAGCGACUCUGCCAUCAGCGAUCGAGCCGUCGACUACAUCAUGAAAGGAGUCGCGGAUGCGGGCGUCCAUCGCGGUGUCCUCGUUCGAUCACUCCACGCCGUUUAAGAGACCUCACUCCACCAUCUCCAACAGCAGCUCGUCCUCGUCCGGCAGCCAGUCCUCGUCCUCUCUUCUGGGGUCUCUGAACCUGCACCUCUCUCCGUCUCACCCGUCCCAUCCGUCUCUGAGCCACUGGCCCUACGACUGCAUCGAGGAG